AUUGAUACAUCACUUAGUCGAUUCUCAAGGAAAAUGCUCAAGUGCGCAGUCUGUGGCUGUAGCGAGUUUUACAAAACGUCCGGUUAUUUCUUUUGUACGACAUGUCAAACGCAAAGCCAGGAUAUGGGGGAAGAGAUGGAGCUCGAACUGCCCAUAGGCAAUACUACGAAAUUGCGAAAAGGAAGGAAAAUUCACCGUACCAAAAGUGACAGAGCAGACGAGGAGCUCGGAUGGACGUCUUGGGAAUUGUAUAAUUUUGUUUUAAUUGGCUUGACAAACGAGAUUAUUCAACUUGGCGUAUCACCUGAUGUAAAAGUAACAGUGUUGCAAUUGUGGGCACGAUAUCUUGGAAAACUGGAAAUAGCAUUUGUCUCUGUGAAAAAGAAGCUGAUGCCGAAACUGGCCAGAAGAUAUAAGAAAGGGGAUGCUGAUAUUAUAUAUGGCAAAACUUUGUCGCAAAAGAGAGUGCGAAAACGGGGAAAAACUUCAAGUACCUUGGCAGAUUCGACAGCUUCUACGAAUGAAGGAAUCUCCUCGAGAGAAUUAAUUAGGAAUAAAAAACUUAUGAUCACUGCUGACUACGAUAGAUUUGUGCGGUCACAAGCAAGCUCGGAAGGAGAUGUACUCGGUACAUUUGAUCAAAGUGUAUGUAGCACGCGCUCUAGUGCAGGGCAAUCUUGUGCGAGUACAAGGAUACAAUUUAAUUCUUCUGCUAAAGAAGAAACAAGGAGAGUAAAGGAUAUGGCGAAAAAAGUACCAAGACACAAACGCAACAAAUAUAAACAAAGUUACGUAACGACUCGAUAUAAAACUGGACCGGAAUUGAUUACACCUACAAAAUUAUGGGCAAUCUUGUAUCUGGCUUUAAGGAUUCACAAUCAGGACAUACAUUUAGGUGACAUGAUAAGAUAUGGGAGAGAGGGACACUUGUCUUAUUACAGACUAGAUCAUUUAGUACCUGCUGAAGUAGCCUUAACAAGAAGCGAUAUGAAUUUCCUAUCACGAGCCAUGGAUAUAACGCACAAGGGUAUGAGAAGAAUUAUUGGACGGAUGGCGAAAUUUCUUGGAGUUACCGGAAUCAUUUGUCCAGAUCUUUUAUCCCUUGUUAAUCGAUACUGCACUGAAUUAGCUCUACCAAAAGGUAUAUCAUCGUAUGCGGAGAGACUCGUAAGUUUAUCCGUUCCGAAAAUGAGGUUUGAUAAAAGAUUCUGUAUCCCUAAUUACGAAGGCCGUGCCAUGGCAUUUAUUAUUGUAGUGCUGAAAACAUUGCUGGGUUUGGAUGGCAUUACGGAAAAUGAAAUUAGCAAUGUUGCCGACAAGAUUAAUAGUGCAAUCAGUGACGAAGGUAUUUGCGACACAAAGCUGUUCAGCUUUCGUGAGUGGCAGAAGUAUGUCGAGUGUAGAAAAGCUAUUUUAAUUAACGCGCAUUGUCCCACCAAGUUAAAAUAUAAUCCAAACGUACCAGAUGUGAAUAGCUUGUAUAUGAAAUUUUUCGAGUCCGUUGAUUCAAAAGCAGACAGAGGGGAGCCCGAGAUAAUUAUGCACAAGCAUUUGAUACCACGUGAUCUUGUUUACGCACUGAAACAGUGUAUUGGCAACGUAAGUGGCAGUGAUUUACCGCUCAACAAGGUAAAUACAUUUUCCCCGACAUUAACGCCAAAUCACUCGUAUCUUCAACAAUUGUUGCGACACCCGCUAUACGAUCUCCCGAGUAUGCUCCAAAGUGACUUUUCGUCUGCAAAAAGUGGAUACUUGACGAGAUCGGAAUCUGUCUACAAAUUGGCUUUGCAAUACGGCAUUCAAUUGGCUUCCGUUGAAUCAAAUUUGCAUUUUCUUGAAAAAACUGUUACACUUUUCGAGCAAGCAAAAAUCGCCAGUAUGAAAGAAUUGAAGAGCGACGACGCGAUAGAGGACUUUAUGGAAGAGGAUGCAAAGUGCGUUGAAAGAAAGGAAGAUUUUAUCGAUUAUCUACAUAAAAAGAUACCGUGUCAUCUUAAAAUUGAUGGAAAAAAGAUCAAGUGCUAUGACGAUAUUCGGGUUACCGCGAGUACAGAUGUGUGCGCGCGGGAAAAAGGCACCUUCGCGUCAUCAGAAUUUAUAUUUGGCGAGACUCUGCCAGACGGUAAAUUGUCAAUCCCGGGUGAAAGUGCAGACGAGAGUGAGGCAUCGUCGUUGAUCAAGUUUUGUAAGGCGUACAAUACAAAUCUCUCGAGUACGGAGAAGAAAGCUAUAUUUCAACAUUUAAACUGGUCGAAGAAACGGAAGCGCCGCAAACUUGUUCGAAACGUGCACGGUAAAUUUGUUAAGCCAUAUCCAAGUGACGGCGAUUCUUCUGCGGAGGAAAUCGACACGAUUUCAGCAAAUACUUGCAAAAUUGAAAAUAUACUGCCAGAGAUUCCCGAUAAUUCAAACUCGAGUAUUAACGCACCUAUGGAGGACAAGGUUCUUAGAUUGUUUAAACCCUUUCAAGAUUAUUGGAUGUAUCAUUGCAAUUUUAGCCGCGUGAAACCAAAGAAUUUUGAUUUACUGGAGAAAAUGCUGCCGAGGAGUUUUCGAUGGUUAUUAAAUGAAAGCGCGAGUGUUGUCGAAAUGUCAACGGAAGACCUGUACGAAGAAGUGUGUCUCGUCGAGGGUUAUUACGCGUACGUCUCGGAGCGAUCCAAGAUUCACUCGUCUGAAAAUUACAACAAUCGAGCACAUAUCAAUGCAAUUUUUAAGAAAUGGUAAUAUUCAAACUUGCAAGUUUUGUACCAGCAGAUUUACACUUUGAAUGUACCAAGACAAAAAGUAGAAUAAAAUGGAAUAUUUCAACUAGA